AUGACAAAUUCCGAGUUGGUAGAUGCAGGAUGUUUCAUUACUCAGAUGAACGAGUUGCUACUGAUAGAUCCGUUGUAUAUAAAUUAUAGCAUGCUGAACUACUUUAAUAGUUACAUCAGUGGGAAGAAAGAAUUGCUACCGAAGGAAAGCUUAAACGGUAUAUAUAUAAAGAAUUCCAAAGCUGGAUUAUGGUCCUCGUUUGCAAUAAGGGAAAAUAAUAAUUUAUGUAUGAAAUCAGCUGCAGAAGAAGAAACAGAUGCUGGAUAUAUUAACAACGCGAACUCGUACAAAAAUGUUAGAAAUGAAAUGGUCUUAUCAUUUAUCUGUUUUAACAACACAGAAUUUAUGCAUGAAUAUUUAACAAUUGACAAAAUUAAUAAAUUAAAUUGGACAAAAUUAGAACCGAAUAAUAGUCAUAUUGGAAUUUGUGAGAACAAUAAAUUUAGUUCUACAACUAGUGAUUUGAAAGAUCAAAAAAGAGGAGAUUAUUAUAUGAACAAUAAAAAUGAACUUAUGCCUUUGGAAAAUUAUUUUACCAAUAUUUUAACAAUAGAGAGUGGACAAGUUGGAUUAUUCUGUAUAGAAUCCUUAAAGCAUAGUGCAGAUACUCUUUUUCAGAAAUAUGGAAUGAACCAUAUUAAUAGUAAGGAACAACUGGACGAUUUAUUUAAUCAAAAUAUGAAGGAUCUUUAUCCCUGGUUUGAUAAAAUCUGUAAUUUAACCUUGUCCUCAUCGAUUGCUGUGAUUGAUUUUAUUGAUAUGCCCAUUGGUUGUGUUUGUUUAUCUAGUUCAGAUUGUGUUGUUAAUUAUUUAUGUGAAGUGGUAAGAGAUGAAGUGACAGAUGAGGUAUGGGCCAUCCGAGUUAACUUCUUAUCCCCCUUGAAAUGA